AUAAAUGGAUCAGGUUCGACCGAGAUGAAGAGCACCCACCAGCUAAGCAGAGAGUGAGUGAGUGACUUCAGAGUUGAGAAAUCGAGCAGAGAUGGCCACGCUGACGGUUCCUCCAGUGUUGACUUCCCCUCGCGACGAUGCUAUGAGCCUCUAUCGCGCUUUCAAGGGUUUUGGAUGUGAUACUGCAGCAGUGAUUAGCAUCCUUGCCCAUAGGGAUGCAACUCAACGUUCUCUCAUAGAACAAGAGUACAAAGCUAUGUAUUCUGAAGAGCUUUCUAAGCGCCUGGCUUCGGAACUUAGAGGCGAUGUUGAGAGAGCAAUCUUAGCUUGGAUGCCCGAUCCCGGCACCCGGGAUGCAACAAUAGUAAGGGAUGCUUUGGCCGGUGAUGUCAUUGAUCUGAAAGCUGCUACUGAAGUAAUAUGCUCGCGUACUCAGCCCCAGAUACAGCAUUUUAAACAGAUAUAUCUAGCCAAGUUCCAUGCUCACCUUGAGCAAGAUAUUGAGUAUCAAGCAUCAGGGGAUCUCCAGAAGUUGCUACUUGCCUACAUUAGUACCAUUCGAUAUCAAGGUCCAGAGGUAGACAGGGGAAGGGCAGAGCAUGAUGCAAAAGCUCUCUUUAAAGCCGGGGAAAAGAAGAUGGGCACUGAUGAGGACAAGUUCAUCAAAAUCUUCUCUCAAAGCAGUCAAGCCCAUCUGGUUGCCGUGGAUAUCGCUUACGACAGCAUGUAUGGUAACUCCCUAAGAAAGGCCAUAAAGUCUGAAACCUCGGGGAACUUCGAAUUCGCGCUCUUGACCAUAUUACAGUGCGCUAAAAACCCUGCAAAGUACUUUGCCAAGGUAUUGCAUAAGGCAAUGGAAGGAUUGGGAACCAACGACAAAACACUUACUAGAGUUAUUGUGACGAGGACCGAGAUCGACAUGCAGUAUAUAAAAGCCGAAUAUGAAAAGAAAUACAAGAAAUCGUUGAACGACGCAGUUCACUCCGAAACAUCGAGCCAUUAUCGCACGUUUCUUCUCUCCCUCUUAGGCGCGACACACCGGUAGGUAGGUAGGUAGAUCGAUGAAUAGACAAUUAAUUCUAUGUUGUUUAGUAAAUGUGUGAUUUGCUUUGCUCCAAAUGUGCAGCGGAAAUGUGUAUAGAUGUUUGAAUUCCCUAAAGUUUGUAGCAUGUUGAUGAGAUCAUAUCAUAUUAUUAUUAUUAUUAUUAUUAA